AUGGCUCUAAAGGUUAAGCUAGAGACUGAAGUAGAGGUUAAAGUACCCGCCGAUAAGGCCUUCAGCAUCUUCAGGAGCCAAAUCCACCAAUUUCCCAACAUCGCCUCUCACAUAGUCCACAAAGCUGAGAUUCAUGAAGAGGGUAAUGUUCUGAGUCUGAAGGAGAUGGUAGAGAAAAUUGACGAGGAAAACAAGUCUAUCACCUAUAAAGUUGCGGAUGGAGAUGGAUUGAAGCUUUAUAAGAGCAUGAAAGUCACCAUUCAGGCAACUGCAAAGAAUGAUGGAAACAGCUUCUUGAAAUAUAUCAUAGACUAUGAGAAGGUAAAGGAAAAUGCUCCUGAUCCACAUCCUUACUUGGAAUUUGGUGCCAGGGUCAUUAAGCAAGUCGAGACUCAUCUUCUCAAGGCCUAG